CCUUCUCCUGCAACUCGUCUCUGCCGCCACCACGGGUCCGCUGUCAGUUACCUGGUUCCUGUCUCUACAGCAGCGCAGCAGCGUGGUGCCUCUAUUGGGGAGGCUGCUGUGAUUUGAAAGUCCUUGGGUGACCGAUUCCGGAAGGCUGUGGAUGAUUUGUGCUGGGUGCAACCCCACCUGGAGGCUGCGAGCCUGGGGGGCUCUGGCUGGAGGUGCAGCGCUCAUGGCCCUCUGGCUCCUCUGGCUGCUGGAAUCAGCUCCUGGGAGCGCCCCGGCGCCUCAGCCUACAGUCACCAUCCUCAUCUGGCACUGGCCUUUCACCAACCAGCCCCCAGAGCUGCCUGGGGAUACCUGCACUCACUAUGGCAUGGCUAGCUGCCGCCUGAGUUCUAACCGGAGCCUGCUAGCCAGUGCAGAUGCUGUGGUUUUCCAUCACAGGGAGCUGCAGACCCUGCAGUCUCGCCUGCCCCUGGACCAGAGGCCGCACGGACAGCCUUGGGUCUGGGCCUCUUUGGAAUCGCCCAGCAAUAGCCGUGGUCUCCAUCAUUUCCGAGGCAUCUUCAACUGGGUGCUGAGCUAUCGGCGUGAUUCAGAUAUCUUUGUACCCUAUGGUCGAUUGGAGCCCUACUCUGGGCCUACACCCCCACUACCAGCCAAAAGCAAGAUGGCUGCCUGGGUGGUCAGCAAUUUCCAGGAACGGCAGCAGCGUGCAAGGCUGUACCGGCAGCUGGCCCCUCACCUGCAGGUGGAUGUGUUUGGUCGUGCCAGCGGACGGCCCCUGUGCGCUAACUGCCUGCUGCCCACUGUGGCCCGGUACCGCUUCUACCUGUCCUUCGAGAAUUCACAGCAUCGGGACUACAUCACUGAGAAGUUUUGGCGCAAUGCGCUGGCAGCUGGUGCGGUGCCUGUGGUGCUGGGACCUCCGCGGGCCACCUACGAAGCUUUUGUACCUCCAGAUGCCUUUGUGCACGUGGAUGACUUCAGCUCAGCCCGCGAGCUGGCUGGCUUCCUUGUCGGCAUGAAUGAGAGCCGCUACCAGCGCUUCUUCGCUUGGCGAGACCGGCUCCGUGUGCGGCUCCUGGGUGACUGGAGGGAACGUUUCUGCACCAUCUGUGCCCGCUACCCUUACUUGCCCCGCGGCCAGGUCUAUGAAGACCUCGAAAGCUGGUUCCGGGCUUGAACUGCGGUUGGGAGAGGCUGUGUGGGUGGAAGACACCGAAGCACUAGGCGUUGAGCCUUUUGGGUCACUUUGGGACUAACGCUAUGAGGAGAACAGAGUGGGCAGGAGAAGCCAUCUGGGUGAGGAAGCUGAUGGACCUUAGGGAUCCGGGGAAAAGGCAACGGAUUGAAGGGAAUUAAAUCGCAUAUCGUCCAAGCUAAUCAAACAGGAAAGGUGGCUGAAGGUCCCUGACUUGUCUUGAACACACACACGGCUCAGAUGAAGCAGGGAAACGGUGUUUCUGGAGCUGGACACAAAACCUUAGGCCCCCUGAACCUCCACAACCAAGGUGCAGGAGCAUAUCCUGGGAUUCUGAGUGCAGACCACAUGCUGGGUCCAGGGGUGUGUGAAGGACAGACGGACAGUGUGGCUGACUCUGGGCUUCUGACCCCACAUUCCUCUCAGGGAAAGAGGUGCCACUAAUAAAGAC